CAUCCAGCAAACCGGACUACCGAUCCUCCACCCCUCCCAGCCUAUUCCAACUCACAUACGCCGACCAAGCCACCUGGAAGCAACAAGCAAACAUGCUACUAACACUCUACAUCAGCCACGCAUACACCUGCACCUCCUCCCGGGCGGCCAUCUGGACCGUCCGUGAUGGCGAGGGUGGGUAUCACGAGUCGUGGACCGCGAGUUUUGGGCUAACAGGGAGGCGAUCCGCUCGCACUGCUUAUCGCAUCUUUCACUUGUCUGCUGUUUUGGUGUUGUGCUGCUUUCAUUCCGCUCCUUCCCCUCAUUUCAAUCUUCGUCGAAUCAGGACAGAUACCAUUGCCAUCUACGUGUGCAAUCCUGUUUCCAGGCAUCUAGCGUUGAGCGCAAGCACUAUUAUGCUGGCUAGUGUAAGGGAAAACGUAGUGUCGCGGGUUAUGGCGGACAAUGCAAGCUGCGCCCGCCGCCGAGGAUGAUGCGGGACUUCCCGAGCUUGUGCUUGUGCCCGGCUUCCAGGAUGCUGCGGGUGAAACCCAGAGUGUGGGGAAGGGUCAACUCGAUGAAUUCGUAGCCGCUGCGCGCCU